AUGGUGGACGUACUUCUAGCUGUGGUCGGAUUUUUGUGGCUUACUUAUUUAUGGGAAAACUAUCUCUCAUACCGUCAGGUAAGGCAUUAGAUAAACAUAGAAAGUAAUUAUCUUUUUAGCUAAGGUAUUAUUUGACAAGGUUAUCUUUGGACGUACUUCCAGAGAGAAGUACUUGAAGAGAGUUGUACAUAUUUUAAAUUUCAUAACCGUACCCUAUUUCGUUUUGGCAAUGUGCUUUAGUUCCGCAGAUUUGUAUAAGCGCCUUAUUUAAAAAUUUUCCUGACCCCAGUGCUGUUAUUUCGUCUAAUUUGCAUUAUAUCCAGUAAAAUUUUGAAAGCAAUAGCUUUCGAAAACUGAAAUAUGUCAUGAAACGAUUUCACUUUCAGUUAAAACCAAUUUUCACUUAUCAAGAUAGUAUAAUCAGUAAAUUUCCACAUGCAAUUGUAUUGAAAAAUUCCAAAAGUAUCUUUUAAGAACUUCGUUGUCGGCUAUAUCAUUUAUACUCUCAAAAGUAUCACACUGAAAUAUCAAAAGAACACAAAAUGCAAGCCACUGGAUAUCUAGAGAUUACAUCCCCCUCUAUCCCUGUUUCUGUGUAAAAAGUGAAACUCACUAAAACAGACAUGAAUAAUUCAAAAUAUGAAAAAAAUACUCAUACAAUACAACCAUCUUCGAGAAGAAAAUCCAACAUUUUUGGCAGGAGAUAAAAUCAUCUUGAUUUUCCCUCUUCCCAAAAUUUCCAAACUUACUUUUGAGCAGGAAAUUUAGUAAACUGUAACCAGUGGUUCACUCUGUUCUCAUGAGACUCCUUAAGAGUCCCUAGAGUUGAUCUGUAUUUAGAACAGAGAAAGAAAAUUAUAAUUGUUAGAUCAGUUGGCCUAAAUGGAUGAUGAAGCUUUGUGUUUCUGUUAAGGGGCAAUGAAAAUAACUGGAAAAUUAUUGUCAACUAUUAUGCAACUAGUGAUCUUUUUUUCAUUUUUCUCCUUUUUUUUUUCAGCAUAAAGUUCUAAAGUACACCAAGGAUGUUCCUGAUGAGCUGAAAGAUACAUUGGAUCACAAGUCAUUUGAGAAAGCACGGGUUUAUCAGCUGGAUCGCUCUUCAUUUGGUUUUGUAUCUGGAGCAUAUUCUCAAGUAGAAACAACGGUUAGAUAUAUACAUCAAUAGAGUUUACAAUCAUAUUAAUUUAAGUUGAGGAGCUGCAUGGAAGAAAGCUUUAAGGAAGCUCUGAUGAGCAGCUGGAUUCUCCUCUUAAAUUUUCUUCUCUUUCCUUUUGAAACAAAGGUAGAAGUUGAUGUUGCAUCAAAAGUUGAUCAGGAAUUUAUUCAAUUCACCUGUUCAUUGAUUCUAAAGUUUUAUGCAAUGAACAAGAAGAAAGCCAGAUGCCACAAUGGGGGCCUAUAUUUAUUUCACAAGUGCUCAAAAUUAACUUUUGAUUUGGUGGCUGUCUUUUGCUCAGAUGGAGAACUGUGGGUUUAAACUUUGUAGACAGUCGUUUUAGAUCAUGUUGUGAAAUUUUGAGACAGGCGUGAAAAAUUUUCUCGGGUUACUAAUGUUGCUGUAAACAGGACAAACAUACAUGUACUUUCCACUUAAAAAUGGAAAAAGUGAAUAUUUCAACUAGUCCAGUUACAUGCAGUUAUUCCUGUCAAACCAAAUCUACUAAGAUUGCUUGAAGAGGAGAGCAUUUUGUGCCAAAUUCCUAAUUAUUGCCAUUUACAAAAUGGACACAUUGUCAUUUGAAAAUGUAUAUAUUUAGUUCCUUGCUUUAAUAUGGUACAUGUUAAUUUUCAUCUAUUUAUUUGUUUACUCAUUGUAUCCUUUCAGCUUAUCCUACUGCUUGGUGGAAUACCUUUUUUGUGGAGAAUUUCUGGACUGUUGAUUUCCAAAUUUGGUUAUUCAACUGACUAUGAGGUGUGUUAAGUCAUAAAGGUGAUGAAAAAUAUAUAUAUAAUUAGCUAUCCUUGUAGAAAAUGUAAUCUGCAUUAUAGUGACUAGAUUCCUCUGGCUUUACAGCACAUACAUCUGUAUAAUUGAUCAUUUAGUGAUGAAUUGUCAAAUUAUCAUUGAGUGUAAUUAUAAUCAUUUGGGUAUAAAUCAUCAAAUUAUUAUUUAGUAUAAUUAUAAUCAUUGGAAGGGAGGGGGACAGAUGUGGUGAACAAUGUGAAGGGUGCUUCAGUCAGGAUCCUAAGGUUUGAGCCUUAGCCUUAGCCCACUCACUGUAGGGUAUUGGAGCAUGCUACUGAAACCAGGAUAUACUUUGGCAGCAUGGACUCUCUGGCUUGUGAGGUCUUUAGCCCUUUUGGGCAAAUCAAGAUGAAGAUCAACUCUUAGCUAUACAAUUUUCCUUCCAUUUGGAUUCAGUCUUUGACAAAAACUGAUGCAAAAUUAAUGUUAUUUGAUAGUUAAUGUCUUUUUUUGGGACAGAUCACUCAGUCAUUGGCAUUUCUUUUGAUCGGGAUGCUUUUCAGUACCAUCACAGAUCUUCCUUGGAGCCUGUAUAGUACAUUUGUUAUUGAAGAGAAACACGGCUUCAACAAGCAGGUUUGUUAAAGAAUGUUGCAAAGUGUUGCAUGAGAACAGUCAGGGUUUCAAGGAUAUCGUGUAGAGUCAUUACUAAGACUUAUGACUUUGCACAUAUGUAGCUAUACUUUCAAUUGCAUUCAGCUGCAUAAAAAUUUGCAUUCAGUUACACUUAAAUUCUGUCCUUGUGGCUAAACUCUUUCUAAACUGAUUUAAUUUAUAGAAUCUCUGAGCUACCAGCCAUUAUAUUUUUCUUUUAUUCCUAAAAAUAUUGAUCAGGUCAGCUUGGUGAAAUGCACACUUUAUUGCCAGUGUGAUAAUAUGUAUAACUGUGUAAUAGUGUAUUGAUUACACAUAUUGUCAUAUGGUAUAUAAGUUUCUGUGGAUGUUUAGUUGCUACAAGAAAAGUUCUGAAAGCCAUACUGAAUAUUGCUAAUUUUAAUUUCGGGAAUGUUAUUGUGCUUAAGCUUAUUGUACAUGUCUAUUUGAUGAAGAUGUUGAAAUAAUAGUUGUUUUGUGGAACACCCUCCACAGACUCUUGGCUUCUUCUUUAAGGAUACUGUGAAGAAGCUGGCUGUCAUGCUGGUGAUAUCACUUCCUUUACUUGCGGCAUUACUUUACAUCAUCAAGUGGGGCGGAGAGUACUUCUUCAUCUAUACUUGGAUAUUUACACUUAUAGUUACCCUGGUAUGUAGAUAACUCCUUACUCCUGAUCAUCAAUUUAUUAAGUAUUAUAAAAAGUGGUGUUUAAGCAGUCCUUUUUUUCCCGACCCUUUUUAACCCUUUCACUUCCAAGAUCUCAUUAGUAAUUCUCCUUACUAUCUGCCAUACAAUUCUCAUGAUGUUAGUUUGGAGAAUUUGGUAUUGGAUCAUCUUAUAAUCCUCUAAUUGAUAUUUUUCCUAAUUCUUGUCACAUGUCCACUGAAUAUUGUUAGGAGAAAAAUUCUGUCUUGGUCACUCGUUGGUGUUGAAUGCUUAACCAAUUAGUGGUGCAGCUUGUAUGCUGGAAAACCUGUGCAAAAAUUUGCAUUAAUUGACACUAUUCAUUGAAAAUUUACAUGCCUGUGUAGCAAACUAAUAAGAACAUAAUGAAAAUAAACUAGAAUAGAAAUUGAUUAUUGCUUUUGUAACUUCUGUGGCUCUAAAAACAGCUGUUUUUGUUCUCAAGCAUAAACUUAUAUUUGUUGUUAUUGAAUGGCAUUAUUAACCUUCUUUGGAGACUUUUUAAGUGGUUUAAGGUUACCUUAGCUUCCUUGAGCAUCUAAAUAUUAUUUGACAAGGAACCUAGCAGUGCACUGGGAUGAAUGCUUCUGAAGCUAAUAGUGUCCAGUAUACCUUCUCCUGAUCAAAUCCCUGACUUCUAAGCUAUGAGUGAUCCAAUUCUCCACCUGGUCAGCCAUCUGUUUCUGAUGACUUCAGCUCCAAGAAAUUGGUUUUGAAUUGCACAUAAACUUUAUUUGAUGUUUUCUUUCUUCUCUGUUCCUAUUUGCUUUAAAAUGUCUAAUAACUGUAAGAAGAAAUUUUGUUUUUAUCACUACUGGGAUUGAAAAGGCUAUUUGACAAAUUCUGAUGUUCUGUUUCAGGCUUUAGUGACAGUAUACAUGGACUACAUAGCCCCUUUAUUUGACAAGUUCACUCUUCUUCCAGAAGGAACUCUGCGCUCUGCAAUUGAGCAGUUAGCAGCCAGGAUAUCUUUUCCAUUAACCAAAAUUUAUAUUGUGGAUGGAUCCAAGAGAUCCUCUCAUAGCAAUGCAUAUUUUUAUGGAUUCUUCAAGAACAAGAGGAUAGUUCUUUUUGACACUUUACUGGCUGAAAAUCCUAUAGAGGAAGAGAAGGAUAGUGAAGAAGGUGGAAAGGAAAAUGAUGAUAACAAGGAGCAAGAGAAGGAGGCAGUGGAUGAACCUGUGGAAAAUAAUGUGCAGAAGGAGGUGCCAGUCAUUAUUUUUGUGUGAUUAUUAUUUGGUUUGGAAGUCAAUAGUUUGUUUGGUUAAGGAAAGGGUUUGCAGUUGAACUCCAAUCACUAAAACCCUCUCUUAAUUUAACAUCCGAACAGGAAAUUUUAGUAAGUUUGAUCUUAGUUCAGCCCUUUAACAAAUAAUGAGCAGAAGGAGGUGCUAGUCAUUAUUUUUUUUACUAUUCUUAUUUGGUUUGGAAGUCAGUAGUAAAGGAAAGGUUUGCAGUUGGACUCCAAUCACUAAAACCUAUCUUAAUUAAGCUUCCUUGCUGGAAGCUUAAGCAAGUUUGAUUGUAGUUCAGUCCUUUAACAAAUAAUAUGCAGAAGGAGGUUCUAAUAAUAAUAUUUGUGUUAGCGUUACUUGGUUUGGAAGAGAAUUAACUAUCAGGUCUUGGGAAUUGAAGGGUUGAAUCACACAGGAAGGUCACAAGAAUAAAGGAAAUGAUCACAAACUAAAGAGCUCUUGAUUAUUAAACAAAUUCUCCUUGUCAGCACCUUAGGAAAUGUAUAGCAAAGAUAUGGAGAAUAUUCAUACUGAUGAUAGGGUGUAAAGGAUUAGCCUUUUUAUGAUUAAAUCUUUCAAUGAGUUGUACUUCUGAAGACCUUUGUUAUUUUUUCUUUUUUUCCCGACUGAUUGCUGUCCACCAUUGCAGGAUGCAACAGAAUAUGAUGAAGUGAAGAAGGGCAAAGGUUGCUCAAAUGAUGAGAUACUGGCAGUUCUAGGGCAUGAACUGGGCCACUGGAAACUUAGUCACACCCUUAAAAACCUUGGAAUCUCACAGGUAAAUUCCAACAUGUAAACCAUUACAGGUCAUUUGCAUGCAUGAGGGAACAUGUCUGGGCAGCGUUUUGCCAAGUUGUUUUAAGUAAUUCCUUUGCACAGAUACUCUCAGAGGGAAGGCUUUUUGACUAUGUUGUGAUGAACCUGUUUUUCUGUCCUUGUAGGUGAACACAUUUUUUUCGUUCAUGAUGUUCGGUUUUCUGAUGCAUAACGGGGCAUUGUUUGCAAGCUUUGGUUUCCCCGACUCACAGCCCACAUUGAUUGGUCUGGUGAUCAUAUUUCAGUUUAUAUUUUCACCUUACAAUGAGGUAUGUAUUACCAGUUAUUAUGGAUAAUGGCAACUGAACUGGGUAGAGUGCAAUUGGUCUUAGAUCUUCCGUGUAAAUUAAAAAUAGAUCGAGCACGCCGCGCGAGUUCGAUUGAAAUCACAAAUAUGAUUUAGGGACAAAAUUGCACGAUACGAUAUGCAAUUGCCAGUUAAUUUCUUCCUUUUUUAAAUAGCAAAAUUUAAUCUCCCAAAUAGAAGAUUUUUUCAAUAAAAAUAUUUUAUGGAUUGAGUCCUGAGCCGGUUUGUAAAAAAAGCAAAAUUUUUACUGCCUACGGUAGUUACGAAGGUAGUAGCCUGCAGUGCAGGCGUCUUAUAAGGGCGAAUUAACGCUAAGAAGCUCGCGAUCGUUUAUGCAACCGGCCAUGUACAAAUUUCUUUCUCUCCACAGCCUUCCACUGCCAUUAAAAUCAAAGAUGGCAACAUAAUUUCGCCUAAAAAAAUAUCGAGCACUCGCAAAAAUUACGCCUGCUUUACAGGCUUCAAAGUUAUUUGAAACUUUUUUUGGACAAAUUAAAAAAGUCGUAGAACAUGAGAAAUUUUUACUGUAGCGUACGACUAAUUUGCGAUCAAUUGCGGCCCCGAUAUCGAAAAAGUAACGUCACUUUCCUUUCCUUUAUUUAUUUUAGUUACUAGGUUUUCUGAUGACCGUUCUAAGCCGAAAGUUUGAAUUUCAAGCCGACGCCUUCGCAAAGAAUCUUGGGUUUUCCACAUUUUUACGUUCAGCCCUGAUAAAGCUUCACAAAGACAACCUUGGGUUCCCUGUGGCAGAUAAAUUAUACUCGGCGUACCAUUUCUCACAUCCGCCUUUGAUUGAACGGCUGAGAGCCUUAGGAAUCAAAGAAGAGUGAUACGAUAACCACAGUAAUUAGCAUAAGAAGUGACCUGUGGCACCUUUAAUUCUUAAGAAAGAAACGACUCCUGUUUAUCUUAAAUCUGAAGUUUUCUAUGCUUCGUGAGUCCUAUAUGUAUUUGCAUGCUUUAAUGUAUCAUUUUAGAGAAGGUUGUGCUGAGCCGAGUUUGUGUUUAAGAUACCCGGCUUAUAAAUGAGAAGACUAUAACUUGGUUGGCGAGCUUGUUUUUUGUUUUUAAACAAGGUUUUUCUUUUUCCCCGUCAACCAACUUGAGCAAAAAUUAAUCGCACCUAUCUCUUUGAAGCCGAGAAUAAAACAUCUUUUUUGAAUUAAAAGUCAGUCGGAACGUGAUGACGAGAAAACAAGAAUAAAUUAGUUGAUACCGUGGGGAUUAAGAGUGCCGAUUGGAAAGAUAAAUUUUUGUUCUAGAGUUUUGCAGCUAAAAAAGCAAAGGGAAAAAGAGCGCUUUUCAUCCAACGAAUUUUUUCUUGUUUUCUCGUCACCAUGUUCCCACCAAUAGCGUUACGCCAUUUUUCUGCUUAUAAACACACACACAACCCACAAUUCCUCCAUUCGCUCUGACGAAGGGCUAACACUAGAAACGUGAACUGUGAAACUCUACGGUGGCCAAUUUACGUUAUCGACUUGGUUGAUAAUACUAAAUCGUGUGCUAUUGGGUUUAACCUUUUCAACCACAACCGAUGUAGGUUGAAGUCUGCUACUGGAACACCAACCUCGUUCCACUUGAUCGAACCUUUUCGAUUGACUCCAGGAGUCGUCAUUUCUAGGCUUCUCUGUGUUAACGAGUUCAGCUAAGAGAGCAUGAUGUUCUGAAGUGCGAUUCCUACUUCUCUCUCUCUAAUAUAAACAGUUGUGAAUUCAACUUGGUUUGUUUUCAAUCGAAAAAGUUGAUCAACCAACUGACCUAACCAACCUAAGACGGUUUUCCGCGCUAAAACACGGAGAGUGUCAUGAAACCGGAAACGGUCUAUCCCAAGUGACUAUUUGUCACAGAAGCCACCCGCCUCUGAAGUUAAUUUAUCACACAACUUUAAGACACGCACUGGUUUAAUUUCUUUUUAUUUCCUUUGGUUCAAAGGUUGUUUCACUUGGCUCUAGCUAUGAAUAGUUUUACUGAAAAUGGGCUGAGAAGCUUCGCGAUAGAAGUCCUGUAGCCUAAUCUCUCAUGUGAUUUACAAUAUUAAAAAGAGAAGUGGAUAGUUUAUCUAAUAAUCUUGCACACCAGCAUUUGCAGAUACUGCUUUCUUAUGCUCGCACUAAUUCUAUGAAGAAUCCCAGAACCAGUUGUUGACAAGUUGUCACUAAUACUUACGCUAACUCUAUGGGGAGUAUGAGAGUGAAAUCACGUUUAUCAUUUUUAUGAAAAAGUAUCGAGGCUGCGCGAAACAACAUACCCCUUGAGGGAACUGGUGCCGGGUUGGCUA